AAAUCUUUCAUGCCGCAUUAGUGUCUGAAUAUUUAUCGAAUAUUAGCGGUCAGUGUUUAUUGCUGAGAUAUUAGUCUGUUAAAUGGGUAAAAAGGGGAAGAAUAAGCAGAAGGUCAGUGGGAGUGUUAAGACAGCCUUGAAGACUGAGAAGAAACUGAAUGCUAAACAGAAGAAGGAACUUGCGGCACUCGGCGAGGAUGACAUCGAAAAGGUAGUGGCCCAGAUCGAGAAAGAAGAGGCCCAACGACAAAAAGUAGUCGAAGCCCUGAUAGAUCAACCCUCGCGACGAGUGAAUUUCACCCUGACAGCGCACCCCUUCAAAGAUGAGCUGAUAAUGCUGGGAGGAGAGUUCUUCGAUGGGCAGAAGACAACAGUCUACGGCGACAUGUUCUUCUACAACAUAAACAAAAGAACGUGGACAGUGGUGAAAGCCCCCGGAGCACCUCCUCCCAGGUGCGGACAUCAGGCAGUGGCAGCUCCGAAUGGAAAAGGAGAGCUGUGGGUCUUCGGCGGGGAAUUCUCGAGUCCAUCCGAGUCUCAAUUCUACCAUUACAAGGACCUCUGGGUCUACCACAUAGGAAGCAAGAAGUGGGAGAAGGUUCAGGCGUCUGGAGGGCCAUCCUCUAGGAGUGGGCAUCGUAUGGUCUACGGAAAGAAGCAGCUGAUCGUCUUCGGAGGGUUUCACGAUAAUCUCAGAGACUUCAAGUACUACAAUGACUUGUUCAUCUUCGAUUUGGGAGACUAUAAGUGGAACAAAAUAGACUUGAGUGGGUCGAUCCCUCCAGCCAGGUCUGGCUGCAUUGUUCUCCCAACUAGUGACAAUAGAAUUCUGGUUUAUGGGGGGUACAGCAAGGAGAAAGUCAAGAAGGAUGUCGACAGGGGGCAGGUGCACACUGAUAUGUAUCUCUUGGGUCCAGACAAACAUGACCAGAGUGGACUCAAGUGGAAGUCUGCCAUCGUCAAGCAGAGUGGGAUAAGCAUCUCCCCGAGGUGCAGUGCCUCUGCUGUUCUCGCACAGCCUCCUCUUGCCUACAUGUUUGGGGGAGUUUAUGAUGAGGAGGAGGACGAUGAGGAGCUCAAAGGAACGUUCUUCAAUGACCUGGUGGCUAUGGACGUCGAGAAACAUCAGUGGAGGUCUGUCAAUUUGAGUGGGAAGAAAGAUGCGAGGGACAAGAGGAGGAGACGAAAGCAGGAUGGCAGUGAGGAUGACGAGGAUGGGGAGGGUGAGAAGGUAAUGGAAGUUGUGGAUCCUGCCCCAGCUGUCACCACCAUCGACGAUGGCAUUUUUACUGUUACUGUCGGUCCAGCGCCAGUUGCCUCGACUCAAGCAGGGGGUGAUGCGAAGCCUGAUGUCUUCACACCUUCUCCGAGGAUCAAUCCAGGGCUGGCGGUGAAGAACAAUGUGUUGUAUCUUUAUGGAGGCAUGGUCGAGAGUGGCGAUAGACAGUAUACCUUGAAUGAUUUCUACUGUUUAG